GCAAGAAUGCCAGAGAGCGAAUGAGGAGGUAGAGUGAGUGGUGGGGGGGGAGCGAAAGAGAAAAGGCGGAAUGCAACAGGCUCCUUUAUUCACACAGAGAGACACAUCUGACUUAUACAAGUCAACUGAGCUGCUCUCGUUCAGCCCUUCACUCCAGACUUCCAUCUACCGCCAGAAUCACCAUAUCAGGCACCUGUUGGAUUUUAUAAUUGUACAUCAAUUUUGGAUCACUUGCAGAGUUCAUCUUCCCUCCAAAUCAGUGCUACACAAACCAACAAAAGUUUAUAAUGGAUUUACGAUUAGUGCACAGAGUUUAGUAAGAGAAUUCCUUUUAUAAAAAGUGCCAAAGUGAGAAGUGAGAUAGUGGUAGGAGACAGAUAAUUCACCAUCUCAACGAUAGGAACAUUGGACCAUCUUUCGACGCUGGAGGAGCGCCAUCAUAAAAAUGGCAACCAAUAGGGAGAGGCCUGUGAGUCAUAUGACAGGGUUCUACCCCUUUGCCUUCAGUUCAAUGCGAAACCACUCCCCCUUUGAUCUUCUGGCCAAUGGCAGCCUCUUUGGACGAUUUGGGGCGGACCUUCCCAAAGAAAUGGCAGCUCUGUCGGUGGAGACCCAGAGCACAAGCUCAGAGGAGAUGAUUCCCAGUUCUCCUUCUCCACCCCCUCCUCCUCGUGUCUAUAAACCCUGCUUUGUGUGCCAGGACAAAUCUUCUGGCUAUCAUUACGGAGUCAGCUCUUGUGAGGGCUGCAAGGGGUUUUUCCGUCGCAGUAUCCAGAAGAACAUGGUGUACACCUGCCACAGAGACAAAAACUGCCAGAUCAACAAGGUGACACGCAACCGCUGUCAGUACUGCCGACUGCAGAAGUGCUUUGAGGUUGGCAUGUCUAAGGAAGCGGUGCGGAACGACAGGAAUAAGAAAAAGAAGGAUGUAAAAGAGGAGGUGGUUCUUCCAGAAAGCUACGAGCUGAGUGGAGAACUGGAAGAACUGGUUAACAAAGUCAGCAAAGCGCACAGGGAAACCUUCCCUUCGCUCUGUCAGCUCGGAAAAUACACGACUAACUCCAGUGCGGAUCACAGGGUUCAGCUGGAUCUUGGACUGUGGGAUAAGUUCAGUGAGCUCUCUACAAAGUGCAUUAUAAAGAUUGUGGAGUUCGCCAAACGUCUGCCAGGUUUUACUUCACUCACCAUUGCAGACCAGAUCACCUUACUGAAAUCUGCCUGCCUUGACAUACUGAUGUUGCGGAUUUGUACUCGCUACACUCCAGAGCAGGACACUAUGACCUUCUCGGAUGGGCUGACCCUCAACAGAACACAGAUGCACAACGCUGGUUUUGGUCCACUCACAGACCUGGUGUUUGCUUUCGCUGGGCAGCUCCUGCCUCUGGAGAUGGACGACACAGAGACAGGGCUCCUUAGCGCCAUCUGCCUCAUCUGCGGAGACCGCAUGGACCUGGAGGAGCCUCAUCGGGUGGAUCAGCUACAGGAGCCUCUGCUAGAGGCAUUAAAGAUCUACGCUCGCCGCCGACGCCCCAACAAACCUCACAUGUUCCCACGGAUGUUGAUGAAGGUUACUGACCUCCGAGGCAUCAGUACUAAAGGAGCGGAGCGAGCCAUCACUCUGAAGAUGGAGAUCCCAGGCCCGAUGCCUCCUCUGAUCAGAGAGAUGCUGGAGAACCCGGAGGCCUUUGAGGAGAACUCUGACUCUAAAGACAGUGCAGCUGCCGCCCCCCUGCCGCCUCCCGCCAUCCAGGCCAUCAAACGCGAGAGGGACGAGGAAUCCACCCUGGAGGAUGAAGAAGAUGAGGAGGAUGAGUGUGCGGAGGAGGGACGAGACAGAGCAGGGGACAGUGAGGAUGAGGAAUGGGGACUCCUGCAAGUGGACAUGGGUGGAGCUAGAAAGAGUGCGACAGGAAGAGCGCAGUGACCGCUGGAGGACAGUAUGUAUGCGGGUCUGAUACAUACAGACAACAGCGGCCGACAUUGUAUUUUAGACACCUGAUCAGUUGAUACAAUUUUCCAUCAUUCAGUCAAACAAACGGCAUCGUUUCCCAUAAUGACUUUAUAUGACACAAAUAAACAUGCACAACUUUGCACAUCUAAUUUCCCUCAGCUAAAAAUGACAUCCUUAAGAACAUGACAACACUGUUACUUCAGACAGUGUUUCUCUAACUGAAUAGAGAGAGAAAUUUAAAAAAAAAAGAGUGCAAGACCAGAGAAAGAUAAGCCAUUGUGCCAUAUCUGGAAGUUACUUGGUAUAUGCGUAUUUUGUACUACAUUUGGAGAUGCCAAAUAUUUGAGAAUGCAUCCCAAAGUCUUGUUCUCUAAGGGAAAAUUUUUUUUCACAACUGUAAAUGGAUGCAUAAUCAGAACUGAUCAAUGAGAAAAGAGAAAAACUACAAAUAACCACAUAAACGACUGAUUCAAUGGUCUAAAAACCUUUUUUUCAAGACAUACAUUUACUGCAUAACUUUGUACUCUUGAUGUUGCAUUGUCUCAGUUAUAUUACAUCUUGUAUAUGCAUACUUUUCAACAACUCUAUGCUUCUUUCAGUGUUUUUAUGUGUUUUUGAGUACAUGCUUUUUACUAAACACUCCAACAUGUUAUCCUACAGCCAUACUCUACAUCUGAAUUUGACAUUUAUACAAAUUUUAGGGUUUUUGGGCAUUAGAAGAUUAAAUAAAUUUUUAGAUUGAUAUUUUGAAUUUAAAAUUAAAUUUUUAGAUUUAGAUUUAUAACAUUAGCUUGUCAGAAUACAUCACAUUUAUUACAUUAUUACAAAUAAAACCUUUCACUCAGGGCAAUUAAAGGACCAAAGGUGACAAGUCUCAUAGAUCAGAGCAUGCAUGCACUAUUUGAUCUUUAGCUAUACUGUAUCAUUACUCAAAAAGUAACAUUAAAAGCUGAAAUGUAACAUUUUACUCUGGGAUCUAGAAGAGUUCUGUGAUUAGGUAUUAAAAGCAAUAAUACACUGAUAUGUUGUAAAAUGUAAGAACUCUAUAGUAAUGUGUCAAAAAUGAGCCGAGCAUAUAUGAGCAGUGGCGUGCACAAGCGAUUCUGUUCAAUCCCAUAACCAUGUCAAAAAUGUUCCUUUGUAGGUUGUAGGGGAAAAAAAUGCUAGUUAAGCGAAGUUUUCCCUACAUAGAUCAGAGUGGCUUCAAGAAACUUCUUUAACUUUUCCCCGCCAUUGACGGAAUUUUCCGGCUCUCCGUGUUUUCACUAUUAUAUGGCAGGGGGUGCUUCUUCUGAAAGAUAGAAUGUCCAGAUCAAAACACAGGCAAAAAAGAACCAGAAACAAGUGAUAAAAGCAUUGCUUGUGCAUGUUGUAGUCUUUGAAAAAAGCAAACAACAACAACAACAAAAAACACGAUUUUCUCAGCUUUUUGUUCAAAAUGUAGAUUUUUUUUUAUUUAUGAAACUUACCCACAUUCAAGUGUUGACAAAAAAAAAAAAAAAAAAAAAAAAAAAAAUGCAUGAAGCAUAGUUUUUUGUUUGUUUGUUUAAAAGUUGUUCUUUCUUUUGUUAUAUAGCAUGCUCAGAUAUUCAUACAACAAAAUAUUCUAAGGGCCAUGAAAUUUUUGUGAAAAUUAUCAAAAAUGCUGGCUUUUUUUAAAAGUCCCGCUGUAGUCAGUAAUUGUAUCCCUUAAAACUCAUCUUUGAUCACCAAAAUGACAUAUUUAAAAAUUUUUUUCCUGUAAAAAGAUAAAAUAUUCAUGCCUUAAAAUAGCUUUAAUUUAACUGUACACCCUUGCCUCAUUUAAUAUACACAGAUCAAUGAAUAUGCAAAUUAGCCCCGCCUCCACUCGCUCACGCAUUUUAACAGAUCCACUCGGUCAACUUACCGAGGUAAACGCUGCACAACGGUAUCGCUCUUUACAACAUCAGACACAUAACCGUAAUUAAUAUGAUUAACUUUUCUUGACUAAGUUAUCAAACAGCUAAUUAUGUGUUGCUAAUGUUACACAAACCAUGUUCCCGUUCGCAAGUCAGACAGCUGCCUUCUAACAAUCAGUUUCCUUACAAACGCGUUAACUCAGAACAUCAGUGAAGAAAGGCAUAUAGUUUGUCAUAACUUCGUAAUAUACAUCAUACACCCGCCAUAUUGCUAAAUCUACACGAUUUUUCAUAUCAGCAGAAAACUAUACUGGGAUAACCUGGCUUCUCUCAAGACUCCCUUGCUAGUUCACUGUUAAUGAUAUGCUAAAGCCCGUCGGCACAUUGACGUGAUUGGUUACAAGGUAGUUUGUGACAUCAGUGAUUUCAAACCGCGGGUUUGAAACUGUCCUUUUUUCAGGGCAGUUUUAAAGAGAAAAUACUCAGCAAUGGUGUUGAAUGAUGAAUUUGCACAUGGUUUGUCUUAAAGCAUAUUAAAAACACCACAUAAACAUACAAACAACAUUAAAAACUUGAUUUUCACCACAGGGGGUCUUUAAAAAACACUGUCGAGGAAAGAGUUAAUAGCUCUUUGUCACAAUAAUAUAUAAAAAUGAAUUAAAUAAAACUGGAUUUUAGAUUACAUCAGUCGGUUAGAAUGAUCAACAUCAUUAUAAAAAUGUAGUCUCUCACAGAAUACCCUACCAAAGGAAAAAAAAAAUACAAAAAAAUACAAAAACUGAAGAGUUGUCUAACUCAACCAAAGAUUUAGCUUUUUGUUAAAACAAAAAAAACACUUUUAAAAACCAUAAGAACCAACUAUAACAUACUAAAUAUACCAUGGUAUUUACAUAAUCCAAGGAUCUUUACAGAAUACCAUGGUAUUACCACGGUUCAUGUCCAAAAACAUGCAUAGUACUUAUUUGUUGGUGAGAGAUCACAGAGUAGGGUGUUACUGAUGAUGUAUGAGAGAAUAGAAAGUUAAGGAGAAUAAUAGAAAAGUCCUUUUUCAUCCUUCCGUCCCUGUUGAGGUCUGUGCGUGCCGCUGAUAACAACGUUAUACCUCCUUACAUGACUGAACAGUGUUACCAAAACAAAGUCAUAAGCUUCUGUAAGAUAUUGGGGAUAGAGCCAUACGGUUUAAGAUUGAAAGCAUGUAUACUAUUUGCUAAAACUGUAAAGAUAUCUUCUUUCUACUUGUAUCUUUCUAUCUUUGUGUCAAUGCAAACUAUUUUAUUUGAAUACAUCAAGAGGACAUCUCAGUCUUUUCAACUUUUUUUUUUUUUUUUUUUUUUACAAUAUUGCCUCUUUAAAUAUUUUCACACAUAAACAUACACAUUAUAGGCUAUACAUGUUCUUUUAUUUAUUACUUAUUUAUCCUUGUCUUGUUACAUUUUUGUUUUAUCUGUAAUCAGUGGUGCAUGUUAUGAACUGGGUUUUUGACCGCUCCCAUGAUUGUGUCUCUAUUGAGUGUGGAAGAGUAUUUCUUUAUGUACCACCAACGUAAUGAUCAGCCAAUACUCAACUGUGGUUAGACAACAAAAUGAGAUAAUUUCCAUAGAUGUAUAGUUUGCGGACCAAAACGAACGCAUGAUUACCACAUAGUGUGCUGGAUAAAUCUGCAGUGAUCAUAGAGUCUAGCAGCUUCAUGUAAAUGCACUGAUCCGGAUGCGUGACAGGGUAAAUAUGACCUGCAGCAGAAAACAGUGGUACUCUGAUUUGAUCUCUUCUACUUCCAUUUUCAGACCAAAGCCAAAUUUGCAGUUCAAGUUUAGGCAUGUACACGUGUCCACAUAUGGUGUGCAUGUUCACAUUUUAAUAACCAAGGGAACACAGCCAUAUUUCUGAAAAUAUGAUAAAAGUCCUUAGAAAUGCAUUAACCCUUCAGUGUCAGUUUAAUUUUGACAAAUGUAUAAAUGUAGCAGUCCAUGGCAAAGUGUAAUUCAAAAAGGCCGCAGGAUAUUAUUGUUUUGUGCAUUUGAAUUGUUUUUUCAGACUCAAUGUCUGUUUUGUAAAUUAAACGAGAGAUAUUGGAUUUAACAUGUGAGACUUUUAUUUCUCUUCUUUUUCGCUCUUAAACAGUGUUUACCUUUUGUGCUUGUGUUUUGUCAUUUAUUGCAGUAGAGGUCAUUUUUUUUCCUUGAUGAAGAAUGAUUUUUGUGGUGGCUUGGAAUAUGUGUAUAUUACCUGUUUGUUCAUUUGCAUUAUUUGUUGCUAAAUUUGUAACUUUAUUUGUGAUUUUUUUUCUCUUUUGGGUUUUGAAUCAUAGGAAACAUGGUGGGUCAUUUGCUAAGGAGAAUACACAAACAUGUUUGUGUUUUAAUGCACAUUUUUAAUUUUACAAAAUGAUCUAUGUUUGUGCUCUAAUUAACGUGUUAUGAAAGCAGCCUAGAUGUGUUAUUUCUUGUAAAAACAAUCCGUUUCUUAACAACACUUCUUUUUAAAUAUAAUAGCAUUUAACAUUUGUUUGUAUUCUCCCAAAUGUAAUUUUGUGUUUCAUUGUACUUAAUAUUCCUCUCAGUUAUGUGCCUUGCAGAAACGUUCCGGUCGCCUUGCACAACUCUCAUGGAAACUGUUACAAGAAUCUAUUAAUUACUGUACAUCCAAAUGAAAAUCCUUAAGACAAAGAUACAAGUGGUAUUGAUGACUUUAAAUGAUGUCCAUAUCAUGUCUGGCCUUCAUCUUCUUCUUCUUUUUUUUUAAAAUACAUUUUCUGUAUGUUUUUCAAAUGUUAUGAUUUUAUAAAGAAAUUCCUCAUCAUA